GUUAUUUUGCCUGUGUUACGUGUUACCUGGUACAGAAGAGAAGAUUGACCCAACUAGGCACAAGUAGUGGCUUCAGAGGUUUUACAUCAGUGAUACCCCCUACUUCGCUUGUUUUGAAACGAUGAAGAUGGAUGGAAUCUUGGAACACGCGUCUGAAAACUUGCAGCCCGAAGGCAAGGACACGCCAGGCCGUGCCAAGCUGCGUUCCUGGCUGAACCGAAUGCUGCAAAUUGAAAUGACAGACGGACGCAUUCUGGUUGGCUCCUUCUUGUGCACUGACAGAGACGCCAAUGUGAUUCUGGGCAAUUGUUGCGAGUAUCUGGGCGGCGACGAGCAGACGGCGCAGGAAGACUCGAGGAUGCUCGGUUUGGUGAUGGUGCCCGGAAGACACAUCGUCAGCGUCCAGCUGGACGAAAUGCCAAAGCCGCAGAAUCAGUUUUUCUGCUCCAAAGAGGAGAUUGUUUAA